AUGAUGUCGCCCCUUGAAUUUCAAACAUACUCAAGUGUGUUUACACUGACUCACUGGGUGCUCGCUAAAACACAAGAAACAACGCCUAAGGUCUUUAAUUAUUUGGUACCGAUCCUUUGGUGUUUUCUGUUUGAACACUGUGCAAGCAAUCAACAGGUGACCAGGUGUUGUAUUGCAGACCUGACAGGUGAAUUGCCUUCUAUUCUCACGUGGGUCUGGCUUUCCGGCAUGCAACGUGACAGUUUUCCCAUAUGGUUUUUUAUUUGGUUUUUCCUGUUAUAUGCCAGAUUGGCCAGCGAUUGCAGCAUUGAAAAAUGUUGA